AUGGCGGCCGGGAUGUACCUGGAGCAUUAUUUAGACAGUAUAGAAAACUUGCCCUUUGAAUUGCAGAGAAACUUCAAUUUAAUGAGAGAUCUUGAUCAACGCACAGAAGAUCUAAAAUCACAAAUCGAUUCAUUGGCCAAAGAAUACACCUCUAAUGCCAGGACUCUUUCAUCUGAACAAAAACUCUCCAUUCUGCAACAAAUUCAACAAUCCUACAGUAAAUGCAAAGAAUUUGGAGAUGACAAGGUGCAACUUGCAAUGCAGACUUAUGAGAUGGUCGAUAAACACAUCCGGCGCCUGGACACUGACCUCGCUCGAUUUGAGGCCGAUUUAAAAGAGAAGCAGAUCGAGAGCACAGAUUAUGAUUCCACUUCAAGCAAAGGAAAAAAAGGCGAUACAAGACAGAAAGAGAAGAAAACUGCCAAAACGAGGUCCAAAGUGAAGAGUUCAGAUGAAGACAGCAGCCCAAAGAGUGCUCAGAAGAAAGUGAAGCUGCUCCAACCGUACGCACUCUCAUUCAACCUCAUUCACUUUCCACUUUCUGAAAUCAAUUCAAGAGUAUCAAUACGUUUCUUUUCAGGGGGGGGAAGAAUUGUGUUAUAA